AUGGCCUUCGACGCACUCAAGCAUGGCUCCUUCCUAGUGGUACUAAUCCUAGCCAUUGCCCGAACGUCCAAUGCCGGCGACCCGGAUAUCAUUUCUGACUUCUUGAUCCCCGCAAAUGUUACCAUAGUAGACAGUAACUUCUUCACCUACACCGGCUUUCGGGUACUUGUAGAUGCAGACCCACCCACAACAUUUAAGGUCACGAAAGCAAGCAUGGCCGAGUUCCCAGCCCUCAAUGGUCAGAGCGUUUCGUUUGCAGUUCUACAAUACCCGUCCGGGUCAGUGAACCCACCUCACACCCACCCCCGCUCUGCCGAGCUCCUACUUCUCUUGCAAGGGUCUCUGGAGGUGGGGUUUGUCGACACAGCUAACAAACUCUACACUCAGACCCUCCAGGUGGGCGACAUGUUUGUAUUCCCUAAGGGACUCGUGCACUACCAAUACAAUAGCGAUGGUAAAGAUCCAGCACUUGCCAUCUCGGGCUUUGGGAGUGCGAAUGCUGGUACGGUGUCAGUUCCUGGCACUGUCUUCGCCACAGGCAUCGACAAUGUCAUCCUUGCGAAAUCUUUCAAGACCGAUGAUGCCACAGUUCAGAUGAUCAAGGCUGGACUUGCACCCAAGGCCUAA